ACACAUCUCCAAGAAGAUAAUUCACCAAAUCUAUUGACUAUGCUGAUGUCUCUAUUCGGAAUAUGUUCUCUACUAAGUCUGGAUGGAAAAGUACAAUCAAACAGUGCUGAGCGAAUUCAUUCUCACGGGAAUCACAGACUGCUCUGAGCUGCAGGCUCCGUUAUUUGGGCUCUUCCUCGUCAUCUAUGUGAUCUCAGUGGUGGGCAGCUUGGGCGUGGUCAUCCUCACCAAAGUGGACUCCGGGCUACAGACACCCAUGUACUUCCUUCUCAGACACCUGGCUUUUACUGAUUUGGGUUAUUCAACUACCAUAGGACCCAAAAUGUUGGUAAAUUUUGUUGCAGAUCAAAAUAAAAUCUAUUAUUUUUGUGCUACACAACUAGCUUUCUUUCUUGAGUUCAUCAUUAGUGAACUUUUCAUUCUGUCAGCAAUGUCCUAUGACCGCUAUGUGGCCAUCUGUAACCUUCUGCUCUACACAUUCAUCAUGUCACAAAGGGCGUGUCAGGUGCUGGUGGCAGUCCCCUAUCUCUAUUGCACAUUUGUUUCUCUUCUAGUCACCACAAAGAUAUUUAAUUUAUCCUUCUCUGGCUACAAUGUCAUUAAGCAUUUCUACUGUGACAGUCUUCCUUUGAUAUCUUUGCUCUGUUCAAACACUCGUGAAAUUGAACUGAUUAUUCUGAUCUUAGCAGGUUUUAACUUGAUUUUCUCCCUUCUGAUAGUUCUCAUGUCUUACCUGCGCAUUCUUGAAUCCGUUCUCAAGAAGAACUCUGCUGAAGGUAGGCGGAAACCUUUCUCUACCUGUGGGUCCCACCUGACAGUGGUCACAGUGUUCUACAGGACUUUGACAUUUAUGUAUGUGCAACCAGAGUCCAGUCAUUCCUUUGACACUGACAAAGUGGCUUCCAUAUUUUACACCCUCGUCAUCCCCAUGUUAAAUCCCUUGAUCUAUAGCCUGAAGAACAAAGAUGUGAAAUGUGCCCUACAAAGGAUGUGGAAAAAACUAUGCAAUGUUUUCUCUUAA